GUUUUUGACAUUCAUUUGUUGUGACGCAAAGAAAUGUUUUUAUUUAAAUUUUAAGAUUAAUAUUUAUAUAUAUUUUAAUAGCAUUAUAGAAUUCUUCCUCUAAUUAUUCAGAACCGUUUGAGAAUGAAUGAAAGCUUUAAAAAUUAUUCUAAAUCAGUUCAAGAACUAAAAAAGGAAUGUGCCGAGCAUGGCAUCAAUGAAGAGGAAUUUAAAAAACUUUAUUUCGAGACUUUAGGAUCGAUAAAUAAGAAAGAGAUACAAAAUACGACCCGCAGUAAAUUGUAUUCUAAGAAAAGAAAAUUACUUUUAAUUCUCGUAUUACUUAUAGUUACUGCUUGUUCUUUUAAAUAUAUUUAUAACAACAUCUUAUGCAACCUACAAGAAUUUAUUUAUCCUGGAUUGAGGCUAAUUAGAAAAAUAUCUAUUCCUUUUAUUUCACUUUUUCCCGCAUUAACCGAAUUAUACCAAGAGCCAUGUUUGAUACAGAACCCUUUCUUCACGGUAGUAGACAUGGAUUGCUGGCCUUGCAGCACAGUUGGUAAUGUUCACAAAGUGUUCGACCCUCAACCUGUACAUCAACAGAAUACAGCACCCUUUGUUUACCAGAGCAAUCAACCAGAAGUAGAUAUGAAUGUAUUGAGAGAAUUAUAUUUAAGAAAUAAGGACACAUUUGAUAAAGAAUCAUCUAAAAUGUUGAUGAACAACAACUUUUAUUUAUCACCGUCACAAGUUUUGUUACAAAAGACAGAAGAUAAAAACUUAUAUAUAUGGAAAAUAAAUAACAUAAAUAUAGCAAGAAUCUUAAGACAAAUAAUACCAAGAGCAAAGGUAGUACCAAAGUUUGGACAAAGCACUGAAAGAUAUAUUAUUAUUGAUUCAAGCCAUGACACAUUUAGGAUACCGGACACAGAGUGUAACUUUGCCUUCCUUUUAUCUUUGAGCGGGGCUAGAACAGUUACUUUGAGCCCUGCAGAGGAAUGCAAACAUCAAUGUAAAUCAUUGAAGAUUGAUUUAAAGGAAUCUGAUUUAUUAUGGUAUAAUUGGUGGUACUGGAGACCAGUGGUGCAACAAUCAAAUGAUAAUACAACAUUUAUUGGACAUGUUGGAUCAUAUUGUUGACAUUUAGGAUGCAACUGGUAUUAGAGACACAAAGGCAAAGAUGGUAAGAACUGCCACUGAUGUCCACGACCAAGCGUCACUUGUAGAUGUCAGAGUAUGGAGAGUUUGGCCUGCUUGUAUGGCAACAAAUGAUGGUGGAGCAACACC